AUGGCCAUUUCUUUUCCAUCCCAAAUGCAUUUACAUAAAUCCACGUAUUAUGAGCAAAAUGAUAAACAUAUAAACUUUAUGGAUAAUUUUGUUUCGAAUUUGUUUGAAAAUAGUUUCACUAAACCCUCAAAAACUUGUGGCCUUAUUACUAUAAAUAAAACUAAUAAGACAAUAAAUGAUAGAAUAAAAAUUGGCAAAAACAAUGUUAUAAAUAGCAAUAUAAUUAGAAAAAUAAACGUCAAAAAAAUUGAACCAUAUAAUAAUACUAAUAUUUUGAAUAAAACAUUUGAGAAAAGUUUCCACCCCAAAAAAAAAAUAAGUUCUUUGAAAUUUAAAAAUAUUUUGAGCAAUUAUUACAAUAUAUUAAAUGGGGAUAAAAAAAAUGUAAAAAAAAAAUAUUUAAAAUGUGGACAUAAAUAUAAAGCUGAUGCUGUAUUAUCAGAGUCAUCUCAAAAUUUUAUCUUAUUAUCAAACCAAUUCUAUAAUAUUGAAAAAUUUGAAGAUGAAAAGAUAUUAAAAAAAAUAAAAAACUUUAAUAAUAAUAAAAAUAUUAAUUUAUUGAAUUUUUUUAAAGAGAUAAAGAAAGUUUCUGAAACGCUUUUAAAAACAAAACAAAUAUGGUAUAACGAUUCAGAUUAUGAGGGGAAAAAAACACAGUCCGAAUAUAUAGAAUAUAGUUCGAAUGAAUUAUGUUGCAAUAAAAAUGAUAAAAGGUUUUCUUAUGAUGAUAUUAUUGUUUGUAAUGUAAAAAAUAAGAGAAAUAAAAGAAAAAAUGUUAGACUUUUAGGAGCUGAGAAAAAAAAACUAAAUAAAUCUGGUAAAAAAAAUCGUCUUCUUUUGUAUCCCUAUAAUCAAAUUAAUAUUAUCCCUUCUAAAAUUUUCAAUUUUCAAAAUAAAUAUGUCUAUACAAUUCCUAUUUCAUAUAUAAACUACUUAUAUAUAUCAAAUAAAUUUGUAAUAGCCAACUAUUUAAAAAAUAAUUGUAAAAAUGCAAAACUGCAUAACAUAUAUAGAAACAGCAUAAAGGUUAACAAUAUUAUAAAAAAACACAUAAAAAAAAAAUUGAAAUUUAAUAAUGUGAAAAAUUAUUAUAGUAAAGAUAACAUUGAUGAACAAGAUUCAACUAAAGAAAGAGGCAUCAAAAAAUUAAAGGAUGAUAUACAUAGUGAUAUUACAAAUAUGUCUAUUUUAAAAAAAAUAAAAAAUAAAUAUAAUGAAAUUCCAAUUAUUAUACAGACAUUGUUAUCUAAUUCGAAAAAUGAACAUAAUAAUAAGAGAACAGAGAAAAAGGUGUGUAAUAAAAUAUACAAUUGUGAAAAUAAUAAUAAUGCAUGCAUAUUGAAUAAAUAUAUUGCAAGUUCUAAAAAAGGAGUUAAAAAUGUUAAUUCCUAUAGUGAUAAUGAAGUAAAUGAUUCGGGUUCUGCACAAAUCGAGAAAAUAAAAACUGGAUAUUGGGAAAAGUGUGCAUAUAAUAUCAAUACAGAACUAAAAGAAGAAAAUCCUAUGAAUCAGACUGAGUUAAAAACACAAUAUUGUGAUCAUUUAUAUAAUGAAAUAUGGGAAAAUGAAUAUGAAAAAACAAAAGAAAACGAAUUUUAUACAACUAGCACUUUUACAUAUAGUUAUUCUCCAAAUCCGUGCAAUGGACAUACUGAUAACCAAGAUAAUUGUAUUCAUAUAAAUAAUAUAGAAUAUAAUUCAUAUAUAAAUAGCCAAAUGAACAUACAUAAAAAUUCUAUAAAAAAAAAAAAUGACGAAAAACAUAUUCCAGUGUGUACUAAUCCUAUGUAUGCAAACAAUAUUGUUGAAAAGGAUUUCUCUCAAAAAAAAGACACCGAUGAUAUAAAAAAUAUUUGUGAGUAUCGCAAAUAUGAAAUGCCGCAAUUGGAAAACAUACCAAAUAAUAUUUAUUCAUUUCAAAGUUAUUUUAUAAAUAAUUAUUUUAAUAAAAAUAAUAAAAAUAUGUAUGCAUGUUGUGAAAUGAAAAAUACUAUUAUUAAUUGUCCAAAUAAUACACAAACAAACAAACCCCAUUUUAAUGAGCUUAAAACAAAGAAUAAAGAAUCUAAAAAUUUAGAAAAAAAAUACUACCCAAAUAUAGUGGUAAUAAAAUAUGAUAAUAAAAAUAUAAAGAAAAAAAAAAAUAUAUAUAAUAUAGGUAUACGUAAUAUGAUACAUUGUCAUAAAAUAAAAAAACAUUUGCAUUUAAAGCCAAAAAUAUAUUGGAUACAACGUAUGUUUUUUAAGGGAUGGGAAAAAAAAACUUAUUAUAAAAUUCGAAAAUAUGAACAAAAUAUUAGAUUAUGUUGUAUAUAUGGAUUGCGAGAAAAAUGUAGAAAUGGAAUAAUAUAUCAAAUAGUUAAAAAUAAAUGCACUUAUUCAAUUAAAGAAGUAAAUCAAGGAAGGAUGAGAAUGAAUAUGUUUGAAAAAAUAUCCGAUAAUAAUAUCAGGGAAGAAAAUUAUUAUCAAAAUAAACAAAGACAAUAUAUAUCUAAUAUUAGAACAAAUAAUCGAAUAUUACAUCAUGAAAUACCAAUAAAUAAUACAUAUAAAGAUAUAAGUCAAUAUUUUCCUGAUAAAAAUCAUUAUGAACAAAAAAAUGAACAGCAAUUUUCCAUUGUAAAAGACACACCUAAAUAUGGUACAAUACAUAAUGAAUUAGAAAAUAUAAAUUUCAAUGAAUUAAAUAAUGCAUCUAACUAUUCAGAGAACCAAAUAAUGUAUUAUUAUUCUAAGAAAAAUGAUACUCAUUUAAAUUAUAUAAUAAAAAAUAAUAUACACAGCCAAAAUAAUAAUAAUGUGAAGAAUAAAAUUUCUAAUAGGGAUUGUUGGAUAUUUGAAAACGGACAAAAAUAUAAUGAAAACCGGUCUAAUAUUUUUAACAAUCCUUCUGAAAGUAUAGAAAAUAAUUAUUCACAUAACGAACUUAAAAAAAAAAAAAAAUAUUUAAUUGAAUGGCAUCCUGGCUUUGAUGUACCAAUAGGAACGAAUGGGAGAGCAAUAUUAAGAAAAGCAUUACAUCAAAAAAGAAUGACUAAUAUUAAAAAAUGUGAUGAACUUUUAUCAUCAAAUAAUUUAUUUCCAACAUCCCGAUCUACUUUUGGAGAUAUGAAAAUAAGAGAUCUAUAUAGAGCUGCCUAUAUCUUAGAUGUAUGGGAUAUAGCGGAAAAGUAUUGUUUACUAGCAUGUGAGAAAAAUGGAUACAAAAGAGAAUGGAUUAGUAUGUUAAAACAAAAUAAUAAAAAAAUCACUAUUAAAGCGCUUAAAGAGAUUAGAAAUAAGCAUAUAGCCAAAAAUAAACAAAGUAAAAAUUUAAACCGAAAAAUGGAAAAAGAAAGGAAAACCAAUGAACAAGGAAAUACAAAAAAUGCAAAAUCGAAAGAAUCUUAUUAUAUUUACAAUAAUCUGACACAUACAAAUAAUCUAUUUAUGACCAAAAAAGAAAACAUUGAUAAUGCCAUUUCCAAUUUUAUUUGUAUGCCAAAUAAUAUAGACAAUAAAAUGAAUAAAGUUAAAAAUUUUCCUGCUCAAUUUUCUUUUGAAAAUUGUGAAAAUAAAUGUAACACAAGUUACAAUAUGGAUAUUAUAAAAAGUGAAAAUAUCGAACAGAAUAUCACACAAAAUUUAAAAAAACAAAAUUUAAUAUCUGUUAUAUGUUCUUCAAAUAUGCAAGAAGGGGAAAAGACAGCGAAUAAUCACCAGAAUAUUAUUAAAAAUUAUUCUGUUUUAUUACCACAGAAAAUUGAAAAAAUGAAUAACAAUUUUGAUAUGUGUAUUCAUAAAAUACAUAAUGAUGACAUAAAAAAGCAUGAUCAAUUUUCUAAGAAUUUUAUUAAUAUCUUACCAAAUAAAACUAAUUAUAAAAAAAAUAACCAAACGAUGGAUAACCAAUUUAUAACUCUCUUAAUGCAAAACAAAACAUGCCAAAUAAAUUAUAAUGCUGAUAUAAAUAGUCUAAAUACGAAAAACAUUUACUCUCAAAAAUAUCAAAAGAAAUGUAUACAGAAGGAUGAACUAAAAAAUAACGAUGCUAUGAUUAUACCAUCAAAUAUAAUUUAUGAUAAAAAUAACAGAUAUUAUUGUUAUAUGCAUGGUGCGGAAAGUGAAAAUUAUGUCAUGAGGCAAUUGAUAUAUCAAGCAAAGGGACAAAUUAACAAAUACGAUAUUUAUGAUAAUUGGAAAAUGCGCUCAGAAAAUUUUAAUUCGAAAUUUAAUAUGCCAGUAUUUUUGAAUUCGCCAAAUAAUUUUUUAAAUGGUGAUUCUUAUAAUUCAGUUCAGACAUAUGAUAAAAUAACAAGUCCUAAAAAUAUGAAUCUAAAUAUAUGUAAUACUAUAAAUGAUCAGAAUAACAAUAAUAUUGAUAAAUUAAAUAAUUAUAAUCAAACUGAAUUUCUUAUGAAUCCAUAUAAUAACAAAAGUUGCAAUAACCAAAAUAAUAUUAUGUACCAUAAAUAA